AUACGCUAAAUAUAUCGGAAGAAGAAAGAGCCACUCCGAGUAAAAUGGAAGACUUCGCAUGUGGUAGUUUAUUUUUAUAAAUUUUCAAACUACUAACCCUCGUCAGUAUUGAAUAUAAUGACUCAAACAAUUACAAAAAUUUUUUAUGACAUGAAUUAUUCAACCGCGUCAUUAUUUUCUACAGUGUACGUGAAACUACAUUUUUUGAGAAGCUAACCUAGCAAAAAGAAGAGCUCGUUUACCGUGAAAGCAUGGAUAUAGAAAGUCGGGAUUUUCUCAACACUCCUCCUUUAAAGACGGUCAGGUUUGGCGGCAGUGUGGUGGAAACAUUAGCCAAGUAUAAACAGGGAGACUUGAGUGAUUAUGAGCUGUUGAAGCAUCAGCUGGCUGACCCUGAGAUAAAGGAUACACAGAUUAUUACAUGGAUCCAAGAGUUGCGGAAUUGUGUCACUCAGCUCACCAAAGACCAUGAACAGCUCAUCUAUACGAUCUUGAAGCUUCCAUGGUUGGGUCGGAGCCAGGCAGUGGUGGAUGAGUACAUGGCUUUCCUUAGCAACCUUGUGUCGGCGCAGACUGUCUUCCUCUGUGCAUGUCUCAAAAUGGUUGUCUCCCACUUUCUACCAACAAAAGUAACCGUCUGUGAAGAAGGAGUUGAUUUGUCUGAUACAGAUGAUGAAGACGAAAAUCUUCCCAGAAAAUUCAACCUGUGUCAUCAGGCCUUGCAGCUCAUCACCAGAUAUGUCCCAUCCACAAGUCAUUUUCUGGUGCCCAUUUUGCAAGACAGCUUUCCUUUUGUUCAACAGUCCUCCAGAAUCCUGGAGUGUUACGUCCACAACCUCCUGAGAGUAACUGUAUACAUACCAACUAUUCGAAGAGACGUGCUGGAAAUCAUCAUCGGACAGAUGCUAAAACUGGAUGUGAGUGCAUCUCGCGCAGACAUUGAAGAGGCCGAAGAGAAUGCAUUACAAAGCCAGCGGGCAGAUAGCUCUACUGAAGAGGCCCUCUUUGACAUGGAUGAGGACCUGAUGACAAAUCCAGACAGACCCUCCUGUUUGGGAGUCACAGCCCAUCCCGUGGCUGAGAGGCUUGAUUCACUCAUGACCGUGUUGUUGGCGUACAUCAAAGAUGUCUGCCAUGUCAACGGUACACUUCACACAGAAAGGACAAAGGAACUGUAUCGGGACAUGCUGAAUGUGUUUGACAAGCUCAUCUUGCCUACACAUGCGUUGUGCCAUGUCCAGUAUAUUGUUUUUUACCUGUGCAGCUUCAGACUGGCCCUAGUUGAAGCUUUCCUGGAGCACUUGUGGAAGAUUCUGCAGAGUCCGUCGCAGCCUGCUGUUCUCCGUCAAGCAGCUGCUGGGUACAUGGGAAGCUUUCUCGCCAGAGCGAAGUUUAUCCCUGUGCUCACAGUACGAGCGUGUCUCGACUUGCUCACCUCGUGGAUCCAGCGUUAUAUUGACAGCCAGGACUGCAAAGACCGGCAGGCCUACUGUGAUGUCAGCCUGCAUGGACCAUUCUACGCCGCCUGUCAGGCUGUCUUUUACGUUUUGAUCUUCAGACAUGGGGCCAUUCUGGCUGGCAACAUGAAGAAAGGCUUGGAGUACCUCCAGCGUUUAAACCUGGAGAGAGUGGUCAUGUGUCAGCUGAACCCGCUAAAAGUGUGUCUCCCCGCCGUUGCAAACAUGUUUGCCGCCAUCACCAGGAAAUAUCAGAUAGUGUUCUGCUACACCAUCAUAGAGAGGAACAACCGUCACAAUCUACUUGUGGUGCGCAGCUCUGCGGGAGGCGACUGUGUCAGCACCAACACCAACCCACUGGAUUGCUUCUUUCCUUAUGACCCCUACAUGUUGAAAAGGUCUGGUCCGCUCAUAGAGCCCCUCUAUCAGGUGUGGGAGGAGCCAGCAGACUCGGAGGUGGUCUCCACUAAAACUCUCCCACAGGGCUCGAAAGAAGAUGAUUAUGAUUUCCUUUGCGGGGAGACCACCCAAGUUGACGGAAUCGUCGGAAUGACACCCAGCUCUUUUGACUCGAACCCCAGUGUCGGCUCACCCCCCGUCACCUUCCAGAGACAUUGUUAGUGCCCCGACUGGUACUCUCGGUUGAAUCGCUCAGUCGAUACCAAUAUUAUUUACGUGAUACUGCAGUCAAGACACCCGGAUAAACAUUUUGGCACUUUUUUUAAAAUGGUGUGGGAAUUCACCCUUUCAUGCACGUUUCCUUCAAGUUAACGCCAAAAGAGUAUGCUUCCAUGAAGUAUUCUAGGUUUUCAUGAACUCUACAGGCAUUUGUACAGGUACAAUAUUGGUUAAGUAAGGAAAAAUCUCCUGGGGAAACAUUUCAUAUUAUGUUUGACAUUGUACGUGUUUGUUGAUUUGAUGUUUUAAAAACUGCUUUGUUAUACAAUGUUUGACAAAUGUCUCCCCACGAAUGCUCCUCAAGAACUAAAGAAAUUAGGUUUAAGAAAAGAUAUUUCCAACACUGCCUCUUCUUGCUUGAGCCUAUCCCAGCUGACUUUGGGCAAAAAGCGGAUUACACCGUACACAGGACGCAACCAAUCACACCGCCAAUGAGUGAGAAUCGAUCGUAUGCUGCCUGGGUCAAAUUCAGGCGACCGCCAGUGUUAAAAAACUAAACAAAGAUGUUACUUUGAGGAGUAGACUACAUUUGAAAAAUGCUACAGUUCAACGACCAGUCAUUCCUUUAUUAUAAAACUGUAAGAGAAUAUGAGGCCACAACAAAGUCUGGUUAAAUGAUAGUGUUUUUACAAUAUAUGCAUUGUUCAUAAAAAUAUACAUAGCUAGAGGUUGACCGAUAUGUUUUUAAAAGCUAAUACCGAUUUAAAAAAAAAAAAAAAAAAAAUCAGCUGACAUCUGAGGCCAAUAUACUUUGAAAGCACGAUUAUGAAAGGCAAUGGAAACGCAUUAUAUAAAUGUAUUAGAAGUUACAGGUAGUCCCCGGGUUACAUUCCUAGGCUGGCGAUGUAACCUUAAUUUCUGCGCAAGUCAGAAUUAACCUUUUAAGUACCACAGUUAAUCCCCCCCAAAAUUUCAAAAUAACUGUCCAAAAACAUGUAUUAUUUGUCAUACUCAUUUGCUCCCAGAAACGUAUAAAUACGUUCUAUUUUUAAAUGCUUCAUUGUCCCAAAAACGUAUUCAUACGUCUUUUGCGUUUUUUAUUUUUUUUAUUUUUACAAGAAGCAUCUAUAGCUCUCGAUCUAUCUUCGAAACAAAAAACAAGCCUCAAAACCUAUUUUAAAGCAAUAAAACUGGCCACUGGGGGGCAGUAGCGCAUUUGGUAAGACCCCCCCAAUCCGAUUCAACCAGUACGACUUUAUUGUGACCGUGCUAGUAAGUUAGCUGAGCCCCUCCGCAGGCUUGCUGCUCAGGUCCCCUGCACGCUCGAGUGUCCUGCACGAAAACGUGCACGGCCAAACCAGUCCCCCCCCCUCCCAGGAACACAAGUUCCCCAGGCGAACGAGACAGUGGUCACCACCACAAAAAAAAUCCAUCUUUACAAGACAAUCGGCAAUGAGGGAAAAGUUCAACCGCUGUUGCAGCCACCAAACGUCAUCUCUCAGGUAAGUGUGAAUAAAUUGUUACUUUGCUAUCAAAAGCUCUAUUUGGCUGGUUGUUCAUGUUAUUUUGUAAAAGGAAAACAUUCAGAUGUUUGGGAUGUAACUGAAGCAAAAAAAAUAGCCGUGUUAAAGUCAAUGUUAGAAAUUUUUGCGUUUACAAAAAGCUCAUUUUCUCCGUUUUUUUUCAUCAGAAAUUGGAAAAUUGCUCAAACUAAGCUAUUUUCUAAUGCUGAUUUCUAAAGAAUAGAAAAAGAUGUGAACUUUUUUUCUGCUGAAAGAAGAGUAAUCUUUCUUCAGGUGGGUUCCAUGUUCAUAUAGCAAUAGAACAGAAUUUUCUGUGGGCCUUGCAAACUCGGUCAAAAUCCAGUAAAAUGGCCGGGAGCGAAUGAGUUAAUAAGAUACUGUGAGGUACAUUGUGUUAGAUGCCUUUAUAUUCAAUGACUAUUCAGGCUUUAGGAAAAAAAAAACGAGACAGAAUGGCGGACGAGAUUCCGGUGCCGUAAAGUGGAAAUCGCGAAAGUCGGCUACGUCGUAAGACUCGUAACCUGGGGACUACCUGCAAUUUUUUGUUCUGCUAUGUCCUUUUGUAACACUGACCACUAGGUGGUGCAAAAUGAAAAUGAACAAAGAUCACCCAAACUGUGACCAUAACAGUUAUCCUAUUAUAUUGACCGAUCUUGAAAAAAUUGGCCCAACAUAUCGGUCAACCUUUAUCCAUAACCAUGAUGAUGGCUGCUUACACUCUUGACUAGUAACAAGAAUACACAACAGGAGCUACAGCGGUGAUUUCUUUCCUGUACACCAACAGCCCUAUCAACAUCCAGAGAUGGUGACUGAACAAUCAACAGUCAGAGUGGUCUUUUGUCCCACAAUGAAAUCUUGUUCUGAUUCAGCUGAAACUACCAAAAAGAAGUCCAACAAUGGAGGUUAAAGGAUCACUUACUACUUUCUUAGCAGUUCAUAAAAAUCUCGACUGAAGAAACAGAUGGUGGCGAGUUAAUACGGAGACUUGUGGAUUUAGAUUGUCCUUUACAUGCAAUGGGAUGUGUUAUUUGUUGAAAGAGUAAAAAAAUAGGUCAGGAAGAAUUGGGUCUGCAAAAACAGCGUGCUGGGGUCAUGCGUAGAUACGUCUUGAAUAUAAACCUGCUGACGGUUGCCCAGCUUUUAUUGGUUGUCAGCAAAUGAUGAUACAAUUGAAUAUGGCCUGUGCAAGAAGCUUGAGUUCAGCCUCCGUUCUGGUGCUCUUCUCAGCUUUAACAAUAGAAUGAGUGAUCAUUUUGCCGUCAAUGGCAGCCAGUGUGUUAAUACUUCCAAAAAAAAAGUUUUUUCUUUACCCGAUUCCGAUGUUUAACAAAUGAAAGUGGAAGGAUUUCAAGUUGCAUCAUUUGAUUUUUCUCAGAUUAAAAUGUUCAGAAACCUCCAAUUUAAACAUUGAGGAAGCUGAUAGAGUCCAUAAAAGGGGAGAAAUAUCAGGUAUUGGUUUAGUCCAUUUGCAGAAGCCACACUGGAAACUGAGGAUGUCUUAACUGGAUGCACACACGAGAGCUUUGGCAUUAAAAUCGUUGAGUUCAAUCCGUCGCUAGGACCUGUGGAACUGAAAUGACAUCCAGUUCGAAAAGGUGUCAGACGGUCCUAGUUGUGUCGAGUCUGAUCGGCUUCAUUCUAUUAAAGUUCUUCCUUGGUCGGCGUUGUGAUUCACAUGGCGUGAGAGCUGACAUCUGGGGCCACUUCCUCUUCUGUCCCUGUUCACAUGAUAAAACAUUCAGUUUCAUGCUAGAUCAAAGUACCAUUAAAUUGGCCAUAGUUUCCUUCAAAAGUUCCCAAUGUGUGACAUUUUCUGAUCGUAUGUGUAGUUAGCACUCAUCGUAGCAGUGUUUGGUCAUGUCACUCAUGUGCCACCCCUAGAUAUGUCAUAUUGAUUUAGCCUUUAAAGGGCUGUGCUGAGUGAUCGUCACACACUAAAUGUAACUUGUAGCAUUAGCAUUGGGUGACCAAACCUCCUCUUUUGCACGGACUUGUCCACUUUUCACAUCCGGUCCGGUGCGUCCGACAGGGUUUUUAAAUUCAUGAAAAUGUCCGGUUUUCAUUAUUUUGCACUGGACCAAUUGGCGUGUGUUGAAAUUGACUGACCCUUUGCACAGAAUACUACGGUACAGUGCUGCCUGUGAUAUUCCCAGAGAGCCUGCCCAGUUAAGACUUUUAUAACGAUCAAUACGUAUAUAAUCAAAUGCUCAUGUACCAAAAAUAGUAAUUAAGACAAAAACACCUUUAUUCUACUUUGGAUACAAAUUUGCGCAUGCGGGAACAGUCACAGACUGGCUUUAUCAUGGCGUCAACCGUCAAUUCUCAUUUACAAACAAACCUUCGUCACGACAGGAGCUCACAUGCUAUCAGUAUGUACACUUGUUAAACUUACUUUUCGGCUUCUGUCUGAGCUUUGUACUGAUCUGUAAAAUCCCGUUUGGUGUCGCAUCGUUGCGCUGCCGAUGAUUGUAAACUUUUAUAGCAAUGUUUGAUCUUACCUCUGCUACCGGUGCAUACUAAUAGGGUAGCUGUCAGUGAGUUAAGCCACGCUAGGCAUUGUGGGAAAUGUAGUUUUAAACUGCUGGGUUUGGAAAAAAUGCUGGUUGAAUUGUUUGUCAGUUUGUUUUGGUUAUUGUUUGCGUGCAUUCUAGAACAUCGAAUGAGAGUAACAAUUGGGUAGGAACAACAAUUUGUCAAUGACAGUUGUUGUGAUUGCUAUAAAAUAUAAAUUAUUUAUAAAAAUGUUUAGUUGGCAUUGAAGUCAGUAUGAAUUUUGCCUAAUGCAACAUUCCGAUAUGCUUGCUAAAAGUUAACAAACAUGACCAUGAAUGGAGUUGGUUUGCACAGAAACGGGUGAUAGUUUCGCUUCAGAUAAUCAUGAACUUUUAUGACCACGGAAAAUCCCAGAUCCAGCCUGUCUAGUUUCUAUAGGUGUCAAUGUAUAACUGCCCAUGCAGCAAGGGUUAUGACCUAUUUUGCAAGAAUUGCAAGAGGAGGACUAACCACCAAAUUUUCCACACACCUCUAAACCUGUAUAUAAGGACCACUGAAAACUUUGCUGGUGUGCAUUUUUGUCCAUGCAGCUUGUCUGUAACUGAAUGCACCCAGAAAUUUCUGAAAUUAAAACUGCGCAGUAAUGAUCUCUUGCCUCCAGUCUUUAUUCUGUAAUCCAGUCUAGCCGUCUCACCCGAAUUGAAAACGAACACACGGAGGACCUGAAAGACUGCCUCCAACAGCACAUAGCCUACUGUGUGUGUGUAUUGACUGGACUACAUUUAAAUUAUAUUAUUGUUGAUCAUAGUUAAUUCCAGUAUUUUGGGGCGUUUUUAUGGUUCGAUUAUUUUUUUGGGAAUAAUAAAGCCUGUUGAGUAAUCUCUAAGAAUUUGAAUUUAUGUCUUUGGUUAUAUACUGUACGGCUAAUUUUUCUAUCCAGACGGAGGAGGCACACUUUAAAUAAAUUUAAAGUGAUAUAGGCAUCUUUGAGUGAAAUUCGAGUGAAACUGAAGUAUCUGGAGGCAGGGCCGAACGUCCUCUUUUUUGCAAAUCAAAAUAUGGUCACCCUAUGUUAGCAUAGCGUUCACAUGAGCAUUUAGCGUGGUGAGUUGUUGGAAAGAUUUUUACAUACAGUUCAUGGCGUCUAGGUGAGUUUAAUUGAAAAUUAUGUAGUUUUCCUGCUGAGUGUGUAUUAUCACGAAGAUGGUGAUGUCCUUGUAGACUCAACAAUUAUGUGCUCGUCUAACAAUGUUCAUUUGAAAUUGUUGGAAACAUUUAUUUAUUUAUUCAUAGACUAACACUUUUUAGUUG